AUGGGUGUUCACGAAUUAUGGUCGAUUGUUGAGCCGGUUCGUGAGUCUGUCCCGCUGUACAGUUUGAGCGGAAAGACGCUGGCAGUUGACCUGAGCUUAUGGGUGUGCGAGGCCCAGCAUGUUCAGGCGAUGAUGGGGAGAGUGAUGAAGCCCCACUUGAGGAAUCUAUUUUUCCGGGUGUCGUCCCUCACACUGAUGGGGCUAAAGCUCGUCUUUGUGAUGGAAGGAGAAGCUCCGAAGCUUAAGUCAGAAACAAUGCGCAAAAGGACGGAAACGAGAUACGGAGGAUUCAGAAAGGCUCCUGCCCCCAAAUCUGCCUCACAUGCCAGCAGAGGGCGCUUUAAUGCUGUCCUCAGAGAGUGUGCGGAGAUGCUGGACUAUCUGGGGGUACCUUGGGUGACAGCUGCUGGAGAGGCUGAGGCCAUGUGUGCCUACCUGGACUCGCAGGGUCUGGUGGAUGGUUGCAUCACCAACGAUGGAGAUGCCUUCUUGUAUGGGGCCCGAACUGUCUACAGGAACUUCAAUAUGAACAGUAAAGACCCUCAUGUGGACUGUUACCAGACAUCUCGAGUGCAUUCACAGUUGCAUCUCUGCAGGGAGAAUCUUGUUGGUCUAGCAAUUCUUCUUGGAUGUGACUAUAUUCCUAAGGGCAUACCUGGAGUCGGCAGAGAACAGGCUCUGAAAUUUCUCCAGACACUAAAAGGGCAAUCACUUUUGGAGAAGUUUAUCCAGUGGAAGGAGGACAACACAGAUUUAUCCAAUUUAGUCGUAAAGAAGGUUCCUCAUUGCAACAUAUGUCAACAUCCUGGCUCAUCCAAAGCACAUGAGCGCGGCGGCUGUGUGCUCUGUGACAGCCGACGAUUCUGCCAACCUCAGGACUUUGACUAUCAGUGUCCCUGUGACUGGCACCGCCACGAACACACCCGCCAGGUCCUGUCUCUGGAGGCGAACAUCAGGAGGAAAAUUCUGGCAAGUCAGCAGUUCCCCUUUACGGAGAUCAUUCGUGAGUUUCUGAUUUCAAAGGACAAAUCUGUGUCGCAGUUUAAGAGGAGGCAACCAAAUCUACUAUCGAUGCAGAAAUUUGCUUUUAAAAAGAUGGAAUGGCCGGCGCACUACACCAGCGAAAAGGUUUUAGUAUUGAUGACCUACACUGAACUGAUGAACCAGAAAUAUGGAAGAGAUGUUCCCGCCCAAAUCAAGCCUGUCAGGAUACUGAAACCAAGGGUGAGGAAUGCUGUUGCCUGCUUUGAAGUCAUCUGGAGCACACCAGAACAUUAUGUGUUUCCAGAGGAUCGUGCUGCAGAGGACCAACAGGAAGUGAGGACAGUAGAGGAAGAGUCUCUUUUUCGAGUGGCCUUCCCAGAAAUGGUGGAGACUUACAUAAGAAGCAAGGCUCUUGCUGAAGAGAGCAAGACCAAAAAAAAGAAGCCAAAGUGUAAAAAGGAGAAGGCGUCUGAUGUCUCUGAUGGCGUUUCCGACCUCUUUGCUCAAAUGAAUAUUCACAGUUCUUCUUCAGCGAGUGCUGUCUCUCUGUCACAACCUCUGCUUGCCGACAUUUCAAAGACAGAUCAAACAGACGUUUUGAUUUUGGACACGAUAAACCAAAAGGAGCCACUGAAGGAAAAUGAAGAUGGUGCACUGUCCGGUGCCGAGCCAGAGGCCGUCGCAUCCCAAUCUGUCUCUGCCGUCAUAGAGGCUUUACAUCUAAGUGACAUCAACUGGGAUGCUUUGUCUUUCACGUCUUCCCCUGCUUCACAAGUACACCAUGUCAAAGAACCGCAGCAAAAGACGACCCCAGAGGCCGACGCAAGGCCGGGUUCAAACACAGACUUUGAGUGUUUUAGUUCUUUCAAACAGGCAGACCACACAUCUGCUCCAAAGCUCUGUUACACAGAGUGUCCUCUACGGGAAAGAGUGCUCAUGAGAAAUGGAGCCAAAGCAACAAAUCAGAUGGAGAAAUACAAGGAUGAGGUGUCGCAGCAUCUGAACUAUGAGUUAGCCUCUCCUGAAAUCAAACCGCAGGGAAAACUCAGUGGACACAUUCCAAGUAACGUCAGGAAUGUGUCAGAGAAAGAAUGUGCUUUCAACAAGAUAGAGCCACUCUCAGAAAAAAGCCAGUUUGAAAUCGAAAGUCUUACUUCAACCGAGCGGCAAAUUCCAGCACAGAGGGAGCUAAAGGAGAGGUCUAAUGUCUCCAAGAAGCUGCCUCAGAAAUACAAAUUUGUCAGGACAGCCCAGUCUUCAUCAUCUGCUUCAACUCAGAGAUGCCUGUCAGACCCAGGACAAAGCAGUAAAAAGGACACACAUAUGCUGCAGACCACUAAGAAGAGUGUGUGCAUGAGUGUGUGUUCAUCUAGCGAGGACAGUGAUGCAGAGAACAAACACUCUGGACCCCAAAGGCAGACCAAGGCAAAGCGCAUAAACACGAUCAGGGGCAGCUUCAUUUCUAAAUUCCCUUUGAAACCGAUUUCUGCCCCUAAAACAACUGAAUCAAAUGAGGAAGCUCCUCAUACGCUUCAAAUUAUAGGACCAAGAUCUAAAUGUCACACAGAAGUGGUUGGAAACAUUUCUGUUUCCACUAAAAACAGAUGUCAGGAUGUUCAAACUGCCAUGGUGGAUGUCGCUACGUUUCCUCAGACCCCGGUGUCACCUGUCAUUACGCUGGACAGUGAUGACUCGGUGAUUUGCAGCGACAGUCCACUUCCACUGGCAGAGAGACUGAAACUGAAGUUUCUGAAGUGAUGGGCCACAGGAUGAGCAAUGCAAACAUGCAUUUUCUCACUUUCUUAAACACCAAAGCUCCUCCUUGACAUUGGAAACUGAGACACAAGCAGGCAUCCUCAUUUGCAUUCUGGUUUGUUAAUUGGAAUAGUCCAGGAAGAGUUUAGGCCGUUUUCAAGCACUAAGUGAACUUAUUGUGGCUAUGUCAUCCACGCUUUAUUUAUUUUUCUACUUAACAUUGUAAUCAGCGUAUAGCUUAAAUUCAUGGUUUGUUAAUGAGACAAGAUAUAUUCAGGUAGAGCUUUAGAACAAGUCAGGAACAUGUAAUCUGGUGCACGUCCAGCCAUAAUGUGUUAUAAUCAGUAAUAGAAUUGUCAAUUGAAUAUAACAGAGCAAGCUGAUUAGGAAGCAUAGUUUACUGGUCCAUACUGUAAGUUAGUUUGUCCAGCAGUUUUGUAUCUAUUUCCUCAGUGAGUUUAGUGAUGUGGAUUAACACAGUUUUAAGCAUUAAACACCAAUUAAUUGCUUGUUUUCACCCACUACUCAUUAACAAGCCGCACAGGGCUGAGAGACAAGGGAGGUAGAUCCUUUGGUUUUUACAACUGAGCAGUGUUGUUUCCCAUUGAUCAUGAGUCAGGCCUCGCACCUUUUCAGACAUGAAAGGUCUGGCAGGAGCUGUGGUGACAGCUGCAUCCUCCGUCCAAAUAACAACUUAUUGUCAGACUGCUGCCUCUUUAGUGCUUUUCUUGGCAUAAAAACCCACAUAAGAAAAAAAAAGACAGCUUGCUAGGAUAAUGCUACUUUUUUCUCAUUCAUUUUGUCUUGGAAAAUGUGUCAAAAUAAUUCUGGCAUAAACGAGUUAUUCUUUAGGAUUACAAUCCUAAAGAAUAACUUGCAUAAUAACGUACAACUAUGUUUCAAUAUCUGGACUGGUUCCAUUCAUUCUGACACAACUGCUUUUUAUUAACUACUUUUUUUUCUAUAACCCUAGAUGGCUCUGAAACUAAUUCUAGACUGUGUUUUUUUUAUUUUACCUCUGCUCUAACUUACCAGAGGGGCCUGAGUAUCUCAGGUGAGACAGUGUCCUUUAAUAGACAGAUCACAUCAAACUGAUAAUUGUUGUCCCACAGACUUUAAAGAGUAAAUUCCCACAAAAGGAAUCUAAUUAUUUGUCUUUCUAUCACAUUAUCCGCCUAUUUAGCCUUAUUCACACUACGGUGAUAACGAAGGACGUCCUUCGGGAAGGUCGCAUUUUGGCACAUUGAGUGUUCUUUGAACUUUCUUCGCCAGAGCUGUGAACCCAUAAACCUCCGGAGAUCUGCUUCUAUAUAAAUACGCGUUUUCCUACAUCAGGUUCACACAACCCGCCCGCCUGUCAUUUACCCUGGAUGUCAUCCUACAGUCGUCUGGAUUUCGAGCAUGGACCUGGAAGCCGUUACAACUAAAAUCCUGUCCGAAUGGAAGUGCCUUGAGAGCAGCCCUCAAGAGCCACUCCAGUCCACCACACCAGACUCCUCGAUGGAUUCCAUAUGCUCAUCACCAGACAUGUGCUACUCCACCGAGCGUCGGGAAAUCAAGGACUUUUCUUUCACUUCAACGGGACACAAAGUGACUCCGGUGAUCCAAAGACACGGCAAGUCAAAGAUGUCCACCAAAAGGCGCAUGAAGGCCAGCGAAAGGGAGAAGAUGCGGAUGAGGAGUCUGGCCGAGGCUCUGCAUCAGCUCCGCGACUACCUCCCGCCAGACUACAGCAAGAGAGGCCAGCCCCUAACCAAGAUUCAGACGCUCAAAUACACUAUUGAAUACAUCAACAAGCUUUCGGACAUUCUGGGCCACGCGUAA